CACACUUUGGCAAACUCACACACACAGUCAAGAUGGCGGAAGCCGACUCUUGGGACGCUGACAACUUCGAGCCAACUGAGCCCGUCAAAAAGUCGGAUAAGUGGGAAGGCGAAGACGAAGAUGAAGACGUGAAGGACAACUGGGACGAUGAGGACGAGGAAGAGGAAAAGAAGGUUGAGGAGAAGACAACAGAGGUGAAAGUCCCAGAAAAGAAAAAACUAAGUGAUAAAAUCAGAGAAAAAGAAAAUCAACAGAAGAAAAAACAGGAGGAGCUGAGAAAGAAGGUACAGGAAUCAGAGGUCACCAAAGAGCUAACAGCAGAGGAACAGGCUGCAGAAAAAUUGAGGCUGAAGAAGCUUCAGGAAGAGUCAGAUUUAGAGCUGGCCAGAGAAGCGUUCGGAGUUGAGAAUGCAAGUUCGACUACAAAUAGUGCCUCCACAAUUGAUGCUAUGUGCCCCUCAUCUAAAGAAGACUUUAUCGUAUUUGAGAAAAUGCUGAAAGACAAGAUAUCACAGUAUGACAAAUCUGUGCAUUACUCCAGCUUCUUGGAAUCCUUAUUCCGUGAGCUUUGUAUUUCGUUGGAAGUAGAUGAUCUAAAGAAAAUCAGUACAUCUCUGUCAGUACUACUUUCUGAAAAACAGAAGCAGGAAAAGCAAACCAAGGGAAAGAAAAAGAAGAAAGCUGCUCUAACGGGUGGCUUGAAAGCCAAAAUGAAAGAUGACCUGGCAGAUUACGGAGAAUUUGACGGUAGUUACCAAGACUAUGAGGAUUUCAUGUGACGAUGGCUGAUCUUAUCAUACCCCCCUGUGCCCAUGCCCCGCUGACGUGUAGCAGUGUCUCCCUCUGCCAUCCAGUUCCAUCCCUGGAUAAUCUGAACAGUGUGUCAAUCCUUUAUUCUGCAUCAACGGUCAAAACGACUCUUCGGGGAGCUGCUAUCUAUCACCACAUUGAUUUCCUGGUGACAAAGAAAAAUAUUGAAAUGCCUUGUAUUUCCACAUUGCCUCCAAAACAGACUUUAUGAAGUAAGACAUCUCAGCACAAGUGUCCUGGUGAAAUUGAGUGAACAAUGCCUGAUAUGGUAUUACGUUGAAAUCGUGCAUUUUCAAAUCAUGUCCAUUUUGUUGAAGUGCAGAAAAUUAAGGCAGCAUGUUGGAAUAGUGUUGCCUCUUUGCAGUUGCAGUUACAUAGAAACAAAUGUGAUGUUCUAUGCAAAUGAUUCUAUUCAGAAUGUCUGUAUUGAUAUAUUGGGUAUCUUACUUUUCUUGUGGAUUAUUUUUCCACGGAAUAGUAUAUAGUAUCUAUAACUUUGUUUUGGUUGCCAAAUGUAAAUCAGAUGCACAUAAUACAACUUCAGAGAGCUGCUUCUGAAGCCAGUAUAUGUGAAGUACACUAAAUGCUGAGCAACGGUGAAACUUAAAAAAAAAAAAAAAAGAUAAAGGGAUGGAUGGGAGUGACAUAACUUAAAAGCAUUUUUAUGAAAUACAACUUUAAUUCUCACCUUGCAAUCUUUAGAAUCUCCUCCUUUGGCGAGAAAAGCCGCUGUCAAAGUAUGUUUGAAAAUUCGCUUUUUGUUCACUUAAUGAUUUGCUUUCUACUUGUGAGUCAUUUUAAUUACUAUUAAUACAGGUGUAUGGGGCUCUGGCUAGCUCUCUCAGCUGGUCUCUUUAUCAUAGCUUCUGCAGGCUUGUAUUAAGUAAGAUGUGGAGCAGGCUUAUUGGCAGAACAAACUCUGUGUCCAGGCUGCUGUCAGCGAUUUGGAACGUUUUAGGUUUUCUUUCUCUUUCUAACCUUUGAAAAGGUUUGCUUUACAAAAAUGUUAAAAUUGGACAACAUGACGAUACAAAGACCCAAGCAGUGUUUUUUUAAGAAUCUAAUUUAAUAAAAUCAGUGGUCAAAGUA